AUGGUGUCAACCACCAUUACCUUCGAAAAGGACAACGUCCAGCCGCCAGUUUAUAUUGCUGGAUCGUUCACGGGUUGGUCGCCGAUAGAGAUGAGCUUCGAAACGAGCGAAUCAGACGGCUCUACCCAUAACGUCUUCUCUUACAAGGCUGACCUCGAGCCUGGUGACUACCAAUACAAAUUCAGGCUAGGCCCUGUAAACGACGAACAAGGCAAUGUCAACAAUAUUACUUCCGUCAAACCUCAGGUGUCCAGGUCCCCGCCUGGAGAACUAAUUGAAACGAUCUCUAAGCCGGUGGCUCUAAUCCUCAACACAAAGGAUGCUCACAUCAUAGAAGAUGAGCCUGAGCAUCCAAGUGAGGAUGGCCUUCCACCCCAGCACGAGGACGUUGAGCCGUACCCUCCUGCUGCAGAGGUUAUGUCGAAUAUCCUCGACUCUCACGGUCCGAAAGAGGACCAAAAGCCAGAAAAUCUCAAGGGCCCUGACGUCGUGCGGCGAGUUCACUUUGACGGAGGUGUAGGUAAACUAGCAGAAGGUGAUAUCACCACCAGAAAGGAUUCAAUCCCAGACUUUGCUCCACCGCCAUACUCGAUCGCGACGAACGGGACGGUUCUGCCGCCUGCAGCUUCGCCAACUGAUGCGACCCCCUCCGAGAAACGGUCAGCAGCAUCGGCCGCCAACAGCCAUCCGGACACCAGAGCUACAUCCCUUAUUUCACGAAUGUGCAAGCCAAGGUGA